UGAACAGAUGUAGCUCAAGUUUCAAACUGCCCGGGCUUGUGAUUGCAGGAGGAGUUUGCAGACAAAGUGCUUCAAUGUCAACAAAAUUGGAUUUGUUUUCAUUUUUAUUUAAUUUUCAGCUGGUUUAUUAGAUAUUAAUUACCGGAUUUUGCAAUUGAUUCUAAUAUUAUCCCCUGUGUUCCGGUCUAAGGUCAGCUAUGAAUCCAAUUGCAAGAUUUUCAUCGAUAGCUCUCAAAGGGAACGUGUGGGUCAAUUCAUUGCCUGUUGCAACUACUUCUAGACGAAGCUAUAGCAAUGAUAUCGAAGUUCAAUUUUCCACUCCCAAUCCUUUGAGUUCAGCUCUUAAACGAGGUACUGGAGGAAGAUCAUCGUUUAAUGGUAAUGUUGUUACUGUUUUCGGAGCAAGAUGUCCAUUAGGCCGAGUUUUGGUCAGCAAUUUAACCAGAAGAGGAACUCAAGUUAUCGUCCCUUAUCGUGGAGAUCCUAUGGACGUAAGAGACUUGAAAGUUUCUGGAGAUUUAGGCCAAGUUAUGUUUGUGCCAUAUUAUUUAAGAGAUGAAGAGUCGUUGUUUCGAGCUGUUAAAUAUUCUAAUGUGGUUGUAAAUUUAAUUGGGGCCUACAGCGAUACUGCGAGUUUUACCCUUAAAGAAACUCAUGUUGAUGGUGCGGCAAAAAUUGCUAAAGUCAGUCGUCUUGCGGGUGUGAAGAAGCUUAUUCAUAUGUCAGCUCUGAAUGCUAGGCCCGACCCUGUCCCAGUUACUUCUAAAAUAGGAGUUCAAUUUUUCAAAACAAAAUAUGAAGGAGAAAUUGCAGUGCGAAACGAAUUCCCCGAUGCAAUCAUUUUCAGACCAAGUUGGAUGUUUGGCGCUUCUGACCGUCUUUUAAACUAUUAUACAGCGCCUGGUAGACGAACAUUUUGGAAAAAUAUUGCUGUCUGGAAUAUGGGCGAUGGUAUUUUCAAAGAACCUGUAUAUUUCAUCGAUGUCUGUCAAGGGCUUGUCAACGUUAUUUUCAAUGAAUAUGGUUAUGGUCAAACUUAUGAGGCUGUUGGUCCUAGGCGAUACGAGCUCAAGGAUUUGGUUCGAUACUUCAAUGACUGGUUAGAAACCAACGAAAAAAGUUAUAAAUAUGUUUGCGAUUUGAAAUACAGUCCACUGAUGCAAGCUACAAUCCAUUUCCAAAGCUUAACGCUGAAGAAGCCAACUGUUUGUUGGGGUUUGAUUGAACUUGAACACACUACUGACAAACUAACUCCUGGCGCGCGGACAUUGGUUGACCUAGGAGUUGAUUUAACAACCUUAGAAUCGAAGGCUAAAUAUGUUCUCUAUCCAAACAGAAUAUCAGCCUGGGUCGAUGCUCCAGUAGAAGAUGUUAUUGAACCUACACCACCUCGUUAUCAACCAACUUAUAGUUAAAUUAUCUUUCGAGAUAUUCUGUGGAAAGUCUAAUGUAAUUCAAAUUAUAAAAGCUUCGAUAAAGUAACUUUGAAAUUAUAAAUUUUAGUAUCAAA